AUGGACAUACGAAAAACUUUAAACAUGUCUCAGUUAAAACUUGAGGAAGCCAAAGAAGUUCAGAGCCUCAGAAAACGACCCAAUGGGGUGAGUGCUGCAGCUCUGCUUGUUGGGGAGAAGCUGCAAGAAGAAGCAACGCUUGUGGAUGACCCAUUUAAGAUAAAAUCUGGUGGGAUGGUGGACAUGAAGAAGCUGAAAGAACGGGGCAAGGACAAGAUUAAUGAAGAGGAAGAUCUGAACUUGGGAACUUCCUUCUCAGCUGAAACCAACAGGCGAGAUGAAGACGCUGACAUGAUGAAGUACAUUGAGACUGAGCUGAAGAAGAGGAAGGGGAUUGUGGAGAAUGAGGAACAGAAGGUGAAGCUUAAGAAUGCCGAGGACUCUCUGUACGAUCCUGAAGUGGACCUGGGAAUUGAUGCAAAAAUAAAAAACAUCAUCUCAACUGAAGAGGCCAAGGCUAAGCUGCUGGCAGAGCAACAGAACAAGAAGAAAGACAGUGAAACUUCCUUUGUUCCCACAAACAUGGCUGUCAACUAUGUCCAGCACAACAGAUUUUAUCAUGAGGAGCUAAAUGCACCAGUGAGAAGGAAUAAAGAAGAACCAAAGCCCCGUCCACUGAGAGUGGGGGAUACAGAGAGGCCAGAACCUGAGCGGUCUCCUCCAAAUCGCAAACGUCCACCCAAUGAAAAAGCAACAGACGAUUAUCACUAUGAGAAAUUCAAGAAGAUGAAUAGGCGAUACUGAUGAGAGCGCGGUCUGAAGUCUUUGCAGGAGCUGUUAUUUUCCACCAGCACAGGAUCUUGUGUCAGUGACUCGUGGAGGGGGUGGGAAUCACUGCCUUCACAUGCUGGUGUUAACUACAAGGCUUUUCUUGUUGUGAUCCUGUAGUGAAUCAGUUUGCAGGUGAUUGUGAACUCUUCAGUCAGUAAAAUCUUUUGUAUAAUUUAUUUUCAGUUAUAAAACUUCUUUUUUUAAGAACAUGA